GGACGUUGAAUAUCGUUGUGUCCCUUCGGUGAUCGAUGUGGAUAUUUCGAUCGAGUGUGCCACUGCUACACCCAGAGCCCACUGGCCACUGGAAGAGUAACAAAUCCUAGACACCAUACCCAUAGGCCAAUACCUUUAAGGACUCAUAAGGGCGCAACGAGGUACCGUUACGAUGAUCCCCCGCGCUCUCCGACUCGCACAACCCGUUCGGCUCGUCCCGGUCUCAUUCCGGCGUUCCCUAUCCAGCUCGUCGCUCCGAUAUUCCUCGGAGCUCGCACGCAAGAAGCCUGACACCACGGCCAGCCCUCGAUUUCGGUAUUCUGGGUUCUCACCCAAUCAGUCCUUUGCCAUCUCCUUUCUCACCAUCUUCGGAGCCGGCGCUCUAGGCUAUGCAUUGUCUUCCCUGCUCGAAUCCCAGGGAGUGCACUUGUUCUCUUCAGCACCGCCCAAGAACACGCCUCUAGACCUCGAUCCAAAGGACGAGAGCGUCACCGGACCCGGAACGUUCAGACCUGUGCACGGGAGCAAGAAGGCUUACGAUGCGGCGAUCGUUGCCCUUAGAGCUUCGUUCCAGAAGAAAGGCAAGGAGGACAAUGUCUCGACGGAUGAGGAUGAUCUGAGGUCACAUGGGAUUAAUGACUGGAGUUACCACGGAAGCCAUCCCGCUAGUGUCGUCGUCUGGGCAGAAAGCAUCGAAGAUGUCAAGGAAGUCGUAGACAUUUCCCGCAAGUUCAAGGUCCCUAUCACGCCGUACUCUGGCGGAACAUCGCUGGAAGGCCACUUCAGUAGUCCGUAUGCGGGUAUAUCGCUAGAUAUGUCGCGUAUGGACAGAAUUUUGCAGAUAAAUGAGGCAGACGGGGACGUAGUCGUCGAGCCUGGUGUCAAGUGGGAAGACCUAAACGCCGAGCUCAAGAAGAAGGGUAUCCCUCUUUUCUUCCCGCUCGAUCCUGGACCAGGGGCGACGAUCGGGGGGAUGAUGUCGACAGGAUGUUCUGGCACGAACGCCGUUCGAUACGGGACCAUGCGAGGGGAAUGGGUCUUAAAUGCCACCGUGAUGCUGCCAAAUGGAGAUAUCAUCAAGACGAGACAAAGAAGCAGGAAGAGUAGCGCAGGAUGGGAUACCACCAAGAUGUUCAUCGGUGCAGAGGGCACGUUGGGCAUCAUCCUGCAAGCAACAUUGAAGCUUGCUCCUCUUCUCCCUACGCGGGUAGCAGUAGUCAGCUUCGAUACGGGUGUAGAGGCCGCCGUGCGCGCAGCUACGGAAACUGUCACAGCGGGUCUACCUAUUCAGUGUGUCGAAUUCUUGGAUGCGCUCACGAUGAAGGCGAUCAAUCAGGGGGGUCUGGCAGGCAGAGAGUUCAAGGAGAAAGAUACCCUGUUCUUCAAGCUGCAAGGCUCCGACCGCUCGAUGGGCGAGAUAGCAGAGACGCUGCAGGCGAUAACAAAGAAGCAAGGCGGUAUCGGAUUCGAAUUCGCUGGAAGCGACGCCGAAGCAGAGGCUGCAUGGCAGGGUAGGAAGGCUGCUCUCUGGAGUGUACAGGCGUUGAAGGAGAAUGGCAGGGUGUGGACCACGGAUGUUUGUGUGCCGAUCUCAAAACUGCCGCAGCUGGUCAGGGAAACAUCAGAAGAUGCGGUUCGACGUGGAUUAUUGGCUUGUCAUUUCGGUCAUGUGGGCGAUGGCAAUGUUCACAGCCUGUUCGUAUUCCAAAAUGACGAAGAAUUGGAGGAGAUCAAGGAUGCCGUUCACGUCAUGGUCGAGCGAGCCAUCGCACUAGACGGAACCUCGUCUGGAGAACACGGUGCAGGGAUGGGCAAAGCUGAAUUCCUCAAGCCGGAACUCGGCGAGGAAACCGUCCGUCUAAUGCAUACUAUCAAGCGCACAAUCGAUCCAGAUAACUUGUUCAACCCGGGCAAGAUCUAUGUGGAUAUCAAGCCGACGCAGCGGGAAUAAUGAGGUAUAAUAGCCGGGAAGUCGGAAAGAGAGAUUUCGAGACAAUCGGCGAUAGCAAGUAGCCUGGAUGGUAUUUUGCUACAGGAGGGCGGAUCGUAUCGUCAUUGCCAUCAUUGGCUUGAUGUAUUCGCCAAUGUUAAGGGCUGUACCGGUAUCAAGCUUGACGCUUCGCCCGGAAGCGCCGCGCCGUCGGCCGCCUGGUCUCGGUCCCGCUUCUUCGCCUUGAGCUUCUUCUGUCUCAAACGAUUCUUCUCUGUCGCUUGAGCUCGCUGCUCAGCCAACUUUCGCUCCUUGGC